ACUCGGAGCUCUGAAAUUCCGGCUGACAGCUGCAUUUUGUGCCUCUGGGGUUUUAACCCCUCCUGGCCAGGGAGUGGGGAUUUGCUUGUGCAGCCGGAAGCCCUCCCUGACGCCUCCUUUCAGACUUGAAGCAAAUCAAGCCAGUUGGCCGUGGCCUGGCGUCCUUCGUGUGGCUGAGGGAGAGAGGGGCGCGUCAUGUUGGCCUCCCGCUCGGGCCGGAGGCUUGGCUUCCUCGGCCGGGGGCUUGGCUGGGCCCGCGCCGGGCGAUGGACGGGUCGGGCUUGCCAGGCCCAGCAGUGUGGCUCAGUACCUGGCCCGGCGCGCCGGCCUCUGAAGGAGUGGACACUGCUGGUGAGCCCGUUCGGUCAGCUGCGGGCGCGGCUCCCGUGCCACCUGGCCGUGAGGCCCCUGGACCCGAUCUCCUUCCCGGACGGUGACCGCGUGCUGGUGGCCAUGUCCGACGUGGAGGGCGGGAAGCCGGGCCUGGACAGCCUGCAGGUGCGGUACGACGAGGCCCUGCGGGAGGUGACCAUCGUGUCCGACACCAUCGGUCCCCGGGCGGCGGUGGAGGUGAACGUACCCCUGAAGUUUGAUUUGAAUAUCAAGUCAUUGGGAUCUGGCUGUGUAGAAAUCCAGAAUAUUGAAUGUGAUAAUUGCAAAAUUGAAACUGAACAGGGUACCAGCUUCUUGCACUCUGUUAAGAGUCAAAAAUUACAUGUUCAAACCAAAGAUGGCAAAGUGAUCUGUCUGGGAACAAUCUAUGGAGACACAGCUAUCCAUGCAUCAAAUAAAAGUACUGUAACUGUAGAUAAACUGCAAGGAAGUUCUGUUAAUAUAUCUACUGAAGAUGGGUUGCUAGAAGCAAAGUAUCUUUAUACAGAAUCAUCAUAUGUAUCUUCUACUGCUGGGAAUAUUGCAUUAGGAAAUGUUCAUGGUAAUAUAAUAUUACAAAGCAAGAUGGGCAACAUCACUGUAGAUUCAUCCUGUGGAUGUCUAAAAGCCUCCACUCAGCAGGGUGCCAUAGAUGUUUAUGUCAGCCAACUGGGCAAAGUGGAAUUGAAAUCACACAAAGGCUCUGUUACUGUCAAGGUCCCAUCUUCUCUUCAAACCUAUUUACAGUUAUCAGGAAAAGAGGUUGAUGUGAACCCAGAAGUCAAUGUUCAAAAAGUGGCUGAAGAUCAUAAAGAUGAUGGUGUAACAAUUACUGGACACAUGAAUCAAGUAGAGAGACAUGAAAACUGGAUUAAUGCUACUGCCCCAGAAGGCAUUGUACGUUUCAGAAAUCAAAGCUGGUUUCAGUCCCUGAAACUGCAAAACUAAAGCGUUUGAGUUGUUAUUUAUGUUUGUAAACAAUAGCAGACUUGCGAUGGUGAUACUGCAAAUACCAGUAUUCAUAUGAAUGUUGCAAAUAAAGGCAGCAUUGGGAACAAGUACUGGUGAAAUAUUUUAGGAGGCCUCUUAAAAGUUUGUAUUUAGCUACUGUAUUUUCUGUUGUUCUGUAACAAAU